UCAUUCUUCCUUGCAAGGCCACGAGCUGACUCGUGCACCAGCAAUCUGAACAUCAAAGAUCCUAUCCCUUUUGAUACAACCAACCUUCACUGCCUUUCUGUAUGGGAUGCUCAAGGUUUCAUCCUCAGAUAUGUUCAUACAUCUGCAAACAUUUGGAGCUUCAUUCUCUCAACCCCAGACACAAAUUCUUACAUAGCUAUGGGGUUCUCAGCCAAUGGUAGCAUGGUGGGUUCAAGUGCCAUAGUGGGGUGGGUGGCAUCCAGAGGAAUCAGUGGAGGGAUAAAGCAGUAUUAUCUAGGUGGGAAUACACAAAAUCAGGUGGUGCCUGAUAAAGGCAACCUACAGGUUAUAGCCAAUUCAACCUUCAUAACUUUAGAAUCCUCUCGUCUGUACAUGGUGUUUCAGUUAGAAGCUACUGAACCUUUGUCCUGGUUGAUAUUUGCCACUGGUUCCACUGGAUUAUUCCCUGCAGCACCAAGUUACACACUAACAAAACACCUAGACAAGGUUUCCACAAGAAUAGACUAUUCAAAAGCCCAACUUGGAAGUUCACAAGUGGAUGGAGGAAAUUCUUCACAAGGAGAUGGAAAUAGUUCACAACUAGACACCUGUGACUCCAAGCUAAACCUCAGUGUUCCUCUUUUCUUCGACACAACCAAGCUCAAUUGUCUUCCUGUUUGGAAUUCUCAAGGAUACAUCCUUAGAUAUUCUCAGAGUUCUCCAAACAUAUGGAGCUUCAUUCUCUCAGCCCCAAAUCCAAAUUCUUACAUAGCAAUGGGGUUCUCUCCCAAUGGAGGAAUGGUGGGUUCAAGUGCCAUAGUGGGGUGGAUAUCAUCCAAUGGAGCUGGUGGAGGAAUGAAACAGUAUUAUCUAGCAGGGACCACACCAAACCAGGUGGUGCCAGAUAGAGGAAACUUAAAAGUUCUCACAAACUCAACCUUAAUCACAUCACAGUCCUCACGUUUGUACAUGGUCUUCCAGUUACAAACCAACCACCCUCUGUCCCAGCUGAUUUACGCUAUUGGACCCAACGGUAUCUUUCCUUCAGCACCAAGUUUUGCACUAGCGCAGCACCAAGACAAAAUUUCCAUUACAUUGAAUUAUGCAACAGGUUCAAGUGGAUCAGAAAACCCAACUAUGAACCUGAAAAGGAUCCAUGGGGUGGUGAAUAUCUUGGGAUGGGGCAUCCUAAUCAUAAUGGGAGCAAUAGUUGCUCGUCACUUCAAGGAAUGGGAUCCAUUUUGGUUUUAUUUCCAUGCUUCAGUACAAUCAUUGGGCUUUGUUCUAGGAGUAAUUGGUGUAAUUAGUGGGCUUGUCCUUAAUAAUGAACUCCAUGUUGACGUUACACUUCACAAGGCUCUUGGAAUCAUCAUUCUCGUUCUAGCUUGUCUCCAGAUAAUGGCUUUUCUGGGUCGUCCGAACAAGGAAUCAAAAGUGAGAAAGUAUUGGAAUUUAUACCAUCAUAACAUAGGGAGAGUCUUGAUUAUACUCGCCAUAGCUAACAUUUUCUACGGAAUCUAUUUAGGUAAGGAAGGAAGUGCAUGGUUGGUUGGUUAUGGAAUUGUGCUUGCUCUACUACUCUCUAUUGCAGUCUUUUUUAAGAUUAGACCGUGGAGUACUAGAGACUAA